UCAUCGUGUCGUCCUCGGCUCUGCUGGACACCUGCGGAGGUGGAUAAAUACACUAGGGCUACAUGUGAACAUGUCCACCAUGGCGACAACAGCAUUGAGAUCAGUACUAAAGGCUAAGACUCCUUGCUCUGUGUGUCUUACUAAGGUUCCACUCAGAGUUGGCCGCAUGUGCUACUCCUCCUCAGUGCCAACCACCAAGCUGUUCAUCGAUGGAAAGUUUGUUGAAUCCAAAACAUCAGAAUGGCUGGAUAUUCACAAUCCUGCUACCAACGAGGUGAUCUCCCGUGUACCCAAAGCCACGCAGGAAGAGAUGUUGGCUGCUGUGGACUCGUGCUCCAGAGCCUUUCACUCCUGGUCUGAGACCUCCAUCUUAAAUCGGCAGCAGGUCUUUCUGCGCUAUCAGCGGCUUAUCAAGGACAACAUUAGAGAACUUGCCAAGUCCAUAACAGUGGAACAGGGCAAAACCCUUGCAGAUGCCGAGGGGGAUGUAUUCAGAGGCUUGCAGGUUGUGGAGCAUGCCUGCAGCGUUACCUCUCUGAUGCUUGGUGAAACGCUGGCCUCCAUCACCAAGGACAUGGACACCCACACAUACCGACUGCCCCUUGGGGUGUGUGCCGGCAUCGCACCCUUCAAUUUUCCUGCCAUGAUCCCUCUCUGGAUGUUUCCCAUGGCCAUGGUGUGCGGCAACACCUACCUGCUGAAGCCGUCAGAGCGGGUGCCGGCCUGCGCCAUGCUGCUGGCCAAGAUGCUGCAGGAUGCCGGUGCUCCAGACGGGUCGCUCAACAUCAUCCACGGCCAACACGAUGCUGUGAAUUUCAUCUGCGACAAUCCGGCCAUCAAGGCAAUAAGCUUUGUCGGCUCAAAUCAAGCUGGGGAGUACAUUUACGAGAGGGGCUCUAAAAACGGAAAGAGGGUCCAGUCAAACAUGGGAGCCAAGAACCAUGGUGUAGUGAUGCCUGAUGCCAACAAGGAGAACACUCUGAACCAGCUAGUGGGUGCAGCGUUUGGGGCAGCAGGACAGCGCUGCAUGGCUCUGUCCACAGCCAUCCUGGUGGGCGAGUCGCGCAGCUGGCUGCCGGAGCUGGUGGAGCGCUCAAAGGCUCUGCGCGUUAACGCAGGAGACCAGCCUGGUGCAGAUGUGGGGCCUCUGAUCAGUCCGCAGGCCAAGGAGAGAGUCUGCAGUCUGAUCCAGAGUGGUGUGGAUGAGGGAGCUGAACUGCUUCUGGAUGGCCGAAACGUCAAGGUCAAGGGUUACGAGAAGGGCAACUUUGUGGGUCCCACCAUCAUCAGUAAAGUCACACCUGAGAUGAAGUGCUACACUGAAGAGAUCUUCGGGCCUGUGUUGGUUGUUCUCGAGGCAGACACUCUGGAUGAUGCCAUCAAUGUGGUCAACAGGAACCCCUAUGGCAACGGUACAGCUAUCUUCACCACAAAUGGCGCCACUGCACGCAAAUACACUCACGAGGUGGACGUGGGCCAGGUUGGAGUCAAUGUUCCAAUCCCUGUUCCACUGCCUAUGUUCUCCUUUACUGGAUCAAGAGGAUCCUUCAGAGGGGACAUGAACUUCUAUGGAAAACAAGGAAUCCAGUUCUACACACAGAUCAAAACUGUAACCUCACAAUGGAAAGCUGAAGAUGCCACCUUGACAAGUCCUGCAGUUACAAUGCCGACCAUGGGACGCUAAACACUCCAUCCAAGUGCUGAUGUUUAGUCUGAUAAACCAUAAGAUCUAGACACCCCUCUUUCACAUCCUAGAUACUUAUAUAUAGGGGAUGAUUUUUUUACCGGUACUAUUACCACAACCUUCACCACUUUAUAUUGUUCUCAUCCCACCCCAAGCUGCUGACUAUGCAGUUUUAAUAAAUAAAGUAGAACAGAUAGAUACAGUUUGCAAUUGGUUCUAAUUUAAAGUAUCAAAAACUAUCAGGGGGGUCAUCAAAGAGACGGACACUGAUGCAGUAGAAAUAUUUCCUCAUGUGUUCUGUCUUUUUCUGUUUGAUGCAAUUAUUCCGAUAUGUAAUAAUUUUUUUAUGAUGGUUGUUUCCAACACUUUAUUCUGCUUAUUCAGUCUGUAGUUGUAUCAAAUGUUGCUAGGAUGAGGGUUAAUCAUAACAAUUUAUUUUUGUUUUAAUUAGAAUACAUUUUAGCAGCUGCUGUCCCCUCGUCCCCGUACUCUGUACCAGCACCGAAUGUUUAAUGGUACGGAGUACUGGACCCUAACGGCCCACUUUCACCCCUGCUAUGUCAUGUUUAAUGUGAAUAAUACAUUUGUACAAAUUAUUUUAUAAUAAUCCCCCUUUUAAAGACUUUACAUAGAUGUGUAAAUGUAUGAUGUCAAUGUAAACCAGCCAAGAUUUGAACAAUGCAAAAGAUCUGUACAGCUGAGGCAGCAUUGCGUUUGUUGUGUAAUCACUUACACUUUAGUGGGUGUAAUCCCCAUAAAUGAAGGUUGCCAUGGACACUGCAUUAUGAUUCCAAACAUUGUUUAGAGAUCUUGUAUAAUAUUAUCUGGUGCAUAUUUUGGUGUCAGGAAUCUGUUUUGUUUUGAGGACACUAUAAAUGGGAUGAGACAAAAUUUCAAACAA